AUGGGCACUCGUAACCUCAUCCUCGUCUACUACAAAGGUCAAUACUGUGUCAUUCAGUAUGGCCAGUGGGACGGGUACCCUGCUGGGCAAGGCCUGACCAUCCUCAACUUCCUCCUUGACCCUACGAACAUCCAAAAAUUGGAAGGAGUCCUGGAUGAUAGCGACAACCGCAUCAUCGUCCUCAGCGAUACAGAGCGAGACGCUUACUUCGAGGAUCUCCACCGCAAGCAGAUCGAAACGAGAAGUUUCAUGCCGAUACCUGCCAUCGAAUCUCUUUCUCGCGAUACUGGAGCAAAGAUAUUGAACAUCUUAGCAAAUGCUACGGAACUGGAACCUGUCAAGAUUCACCUUUGGGGCAUCGAUUUUCUUGCGGAUGAUAUCUCUAUGGAGUGGGCCUGGGUUGUUGAUCUUGAUAAGAAGGUUCUGGAGGCGUUCACACACUGGGACAGAUAUAAGAUCGUGGAUGAGAGAUCGAGAUUUGAGGAGGUGCUUGGCAGUGAGAAGAAGUUGCCGGGAUUAGUGAAGAGGUUUGGUUUUGAUGAGCUGCCCAAGGACAAACUCAUCUUUCUCGGAAAGUUUGAAGAGUUGCUUGUGGAUGAGGAGCAUAGAUGGUGA